CCCACGUCACUCAACUCGAAGCACAUUUUCGGUUCCUUCCAUUUCUCUUUCUCUCACUCUCUCUCUCUCUCUCUCCCUCUCUCUCUCUCUGUGCAGCUUCUUCUCCAACUGCAUGCUUUGAAUUAAUCCCCUGAAAGAAACCAGAAACCAGAAACCAAACAACGCUUUCCGCCAACCCAAACAGACUACCAUCCCACCCAUCUUCAUCUUCAGCUUCAUCUUCCUCUUCAUCUUCAUCUUUCUUUUCUUUCUUCUCUCUGUCUCUGUCACCGUAAAUCUUUUCAGAUUCUUUGAUUUUUCAUUCGACCCUUGACCUCCUCUCUCUUGGGAAUUAUAUCCUUUUAUAUUUAUGUAAAUGGGACCCAUUAGAGGGUUCAAGAGGAGGAAGAAAGCAGAGAAGAAGGUUGACCAAAAUAUCCUGGCCGCAGCCGCAGCCUCCGCCGCCGCCGGUGCAUCUGCUUCUGCUUCCAUGGGGAUCCAACCCCACCCCGUUGAUUGGUGGGAUGAGUUCUCCAAGAGAAUAACUGGGCCUCUGUCUCAAUCUGGGGAUUCAAAGAAAUUUGAAUCUGUUUUCAAGAUUUCAAGGAAAACAUUCAACUAUAUUUGUUCACUCGUGAAGGAAGAUAUGAUGGCUAGGCAUUCAAACUUCACUGAUAUAAACGGCAAGCCUUUAUCUAUGAAUGACCAAGUCGCUGUUGCUCUUAGGAGACUUAGCUCCGGAGAGUCAUUAUCAAACAUUGGUGAUUACUUUGGGAUGAAUCAAUCAACUGUUUCCCAAAUAACCUGGCGGUUUGUGGAAGCAAUGGAAGAGAGAGGGCUUCACCAUCUCCGCUGGCCUUCAACAGAAUCGGAGAUGGAAGACAUAAAAUCCAAGUUUGAGAAAAUCAGGGGGCUUCCCAAUUGCUGUGGUGCAAUUGACAUCACACAUAUCGUGAUGACUCUGCCAACGAUGGACCCAUCAAAUGAUGUUUGGUUCGACCGUGAAAAGAACUACAGUAUGAUCUUGCAGGCAAUUGUGGAUCCAGAGAUGAGAUUCCUUGAUGUAAUUGCUGGUUGGCCAGGGAGUCUAAGUGAUGCUGUAGUUCUCCGUAGCUCAGGUUUUUCCAAACUUGCCGAAGAAGGGAGGAGGUUAAAUGGGAAGAAAAUAGAGCUUUUCAAAGGAACUGAAUUGAGGGAAUAUAUUGUCGGAGAUGCAGGCUUUCCUCUUCAGCCAUGGCUUCUCACUCCUUAUCAAGGUAAAGUCCUCUCGGAUCUUCAAGCCGAGUUUAACAAACGACAUUCUGCAACAAGACUGGUGGCCCAGAUGGCAUUGGCGAGAUUGAAGGAAAUGUGGAGAAUUAUUCAUGGAGUAAUGUGGAUGCCUGAUAAGAAUAGGUUACCGAGAAUUGUCCUUGCUUGUUGUUUGCUGCACAACAUUGUCAUCGAUAUGGAAGAUGAAACUUUAGACGAGAUACCUUUGUUUCACCAUCAUGACUCGGGUUAUCGACAACAAAGCUGCAACUAUGUUGACAAAACUGCCUCUGCCAUGAGAGAUAAACUUUCUCCUUACUUAUCUGGAAAGUUGCCACCUUGAUUAUGAUCAUCCUUCCUAGUUCUCUGGGUUGGGUCAUUCCCAGAUCACAUGCAGACAGACUCACUGGCAUCCCUUAUUGUUGCAAGGAGAAAAUUACAACGGUUUAUGUAUUUUACCUUACAGGAAGUAUUCAUUGAGCUAUGUUGGUUUAUUUGACAAGUUUAAUAUGAAGAUAAAUUUAAUUUUAUUAUAUGCCUGAUAAAC